GAGAGACAGAGGGGAACAGGGGGAGAGAGACAGCACACAUCCCUCCAGAUACACACUCCCUUCCUCCCGCCCUGCCUGCAUCCCAUCACCCGGGGUGACAGUGGGAGCCCGUCCUGUCUACUCAGCAGGUCCAGCCAAGCUUCCAGUCAGACCCUGCACAUCCCACCCUGAGGACCACCAUCCAAACCCCUCCAGGAUGCUGACUGCUGCCUCCACCUACUGGCUCCUCCCGGCUGGAGGUGUCUGUGCUCCCCCCCAGCACAUCUGACACCCUCUCCCCCAUUCUCCCCACCCCUGCUGGAUGUCUGAUCUCCAUCACCCCUCAUUCUCCACCUUCUCUUCCUCAUCACUACAAUCUUCCAGAAGGAUGCUCCAGUUAUAAGGACCAAUCAUCCCCUGGCUCCAGUAGCACCCCCUCCACUCCUGUAUCCUAACCUGAUCCCCCCACAAGGCACCAGGAUGGGGAAAGACCAGGAGCUGCUCCAAGCUGUGAAGACUGAGGAUUUGGGGAUGGUCCACAAGCUUCUGCAAAGACCCAAAGCAGGGAAAGCCAAGCUUCUGGGGUCUGCAAAAAGAGUGAAUGUAAAUUUUCAAGACACGGAUGGAUUCUCAGCCCUUCACCAUGCUGCACUUAUUGGCAAUACGGAGCUCAUUACUCUGCUACUGGAAGCCCAAGCUGCCGUGGACAUUAAAGAUAACAAAGGAAUGCGACCCCUACAUUAUGCUGCUUGGCAAGGUAAGAAAGAGCCAAUGAAAUUGCUUCUGAAGGCGGGCUCUGCUGUGAACAUCCAAUCGGAUGAAGGUCAAAUCCCAUUGCACCAGGCAGCCCAGCAUGGACACUACGACGUGUCCGAGAUGUUACUCCAGCACCAGUCCAACCCUUGUAUCAUGGACAUCUCUGGGAAGACACCCCUGGACUUGGCGUGUGAGUUUGGAAGAGUUGGGGUUGUCCAGCUGUUGUUGAACAGUAACAUGUGUGCUGCAUUGUUGGAGCCGAAACCUGGGGACAGCACCGACCCUAAUGGCACGAGUCCCUUACAUCUGGCUGCGAAGAAUGGACAUAUUGAUAUAAUCAGGCUCCUGCUGCAGGCUGGCAUAGACAUCAACCGACAAACGAAAUCGGGCACGGCAUUACACGAGGCAGCUCUAUGUGGAAAGACAGAGGUUGUGCGGCUCCUUCUAGAUAGUGGAAUCAAUGCCCAUGUCAGGAAUACAUACAGUCAAUCAGCGUUGGACAUUGUAAACCAGUUUACUGGUACCCAGGCCAGCAAAGAAAUCAAACAGAUGCUAAGAGAUGCGUCUGCUGCUCUGCAAGUCAGAGCUCUUAAGGAUUAUUGCAAUAAUUACGAUCUGACCAGUCUGAAUAUAAAAACAGGGGACGUUAUAACGGUCCUGGAGCAACAUCCCGAUGGCCGAUGGAAAGGAUGUAUCCAUGACAACCGGACGGGAAACGAUAGGGUCGGCUACUUCCCAUCCAGUUUGGUGGAAGCCAUCAGCAAAAGAACAGGUUCUUGGGGCUCAUUUCACCAAGAGAACCCAAACGCUCAGCACACGGCCCGCCGUGCGCCGCUGGCUAAUGGUGACUCACACUAUAUCUACCAUUGUUUGAUGCCAACCCCUAACUCACAUCAGCUUCUUUUCAGUUCGUUUGGUUAUCACCAGCCUUGCCGUAGCGCAGGGGUGCCGUGUGGCGGACCAGACUCCAGAAAGACUUGUUUUUUUGGUUCGCGAGGAUCUGAAUCAAGCCCCUCUCAUAUGUCUCCAGGACCUACCUCUGCAGCACCGGCAGAGGAAAUCUGGGUAUUAAGGAAACCAUUUGCAGGUGGUGAUCGCAGCAGCAUGGGCAGCACAGGAAGUGGCCGGAGUUCUGGGAGCGGGCAGAGUGCGAGCAGUGCUCACGCUAUACACGCUGGCGCAGAGGGGGUCAAGCUGCUCGCCACUGUCCUUUCCCCGAAGGCAUUGGGGCAGGAGCCGGGAGAUGCCUGUGACAGUCACACAGGGUCCUCUCGGCCUCAGAGUGUUGCAAGCAGCCCCUACAAUGACCAGCCGUAUGGCGUCGAUCACAACAAGAAAACAGAAGUUCAGUCAGAAGGCAAGAGCUCAGAAGCUGUGUUUCAGUGGCUGUGCAAAUUUCAGCUCCAAUUAUAUGCUCCCAACUUCAUCAACUCCGGGUACGAUAUCCCUACCAUCAGUCGUAUGACUCCUGAGGACCUUACAGCAAUAGGGGUCACUAAACCUGGACACCGGAAGAAGAUUUUCUCAGAAAUUAACAGUCUGAACAUUGGAGAAUGGCUGCCCGACUAUAAACCAGCUAAUUUGUCCCUCUGGUUGUCGAUGAUUGGACUCGGUCAGUACUAUAAGGUCCUGGUGGAGAAUGGCUAUGAAAAUAUUGAUUUCAUCACAGACAUCACCUGGGAAGACCUGCAGGAGAUCGGAAUCACUAAACUUGGUCACCAAAAAAAGCUGAUGUUGGCUGUGAAGAAAUUGGCUGAGAUCCAAAAGUCAGAGUAUGGGAAGUAUGAUUCUGGGAGCAUGCGAAGGAGAGGGCCCCAGAAAGAGUCUAUUGAUUCUCCUCCACCUGACUCUGAGUGCCAGUCUCCCAAAAUGAAGACCUUUCAGGAUAGUGACUUAAGCGAUGAGUUGCAAGCUGCCAUGACGGGAGAAGGUCCUGAAGGCUCUGAGAAGCAGAUCAAUCAUGUAGCACACCAGAGAGAAAGUUACAGGGCUUCCUCGGGGGCUCGACUACACCAUGAAAGCAGCUUAAGUGGUCGAGCUAGGCACAUCAGCAGCUCCCAGGAACUUUUGGGUGAUGGAAGCAAGGGUCCAAGCGCAGUUAUGUCCAAGAGUCAGGAAUUUUUAACAGAUGAAGUAAGGAGAGAAGAGAUGAGUCGUGAGCCCAGGCCUCUCAGACAAGGACAUUCUGUGAAAAAAGCAAGUAUUCCUCCUGUGCCAGGAAAGCCGAGGCAGUCAUUCCCUCCUGCUGGCGGUCAGAGCUACACUCCUCCACAAACUCCAACCAAGGGCACUCCUUCAUCCCCACAAGCUUUUGGUGUCCCACAAGCAACGGCAAAAGUCAAACCUACACCUCAACUUCUUCCACCUUCCGACCGUCCCAUGUCUCCUCGAUCUCUUCCUCAGUCUCCCACACACAGAGGUUUUGCUUAUGUUCUUCCACAACCUAUUGAAGGUGAGGGAGUACCAGCACAUUUGGCACAAGCAGUGCCAGUGCUCCCAGUUUCUGUGCCUGUGUUGUGCCUUCCGCCUGCAGGAAGUGAAGGAGAAGAUGAAGAUGAAGGGGAGGGAGAACGUGGGGACCAUGGUCGGCCAAAGAAACGUGCACACAGCCUGAAUCGGUAUGCAGCCUCAGAUGGGGAGAGAGAGGAACAUCUGGUAAUAGAUGGGGGGCCCUAUGGCACUGGGCAAAGACGAGUGGGUAGAAGUCAUUCAGUGAGAGCACAGUCUGGGAACGACAAGAAUGUGAACCGAAGUCAGUCUUUUGCAGUGCGGCCCAGAAAGAAGGGGCCUCCACCACCACCACCUAAACGAUCCAGCUCAGCCAUCUCUGGUACUAACCUUGGAGAUGGAUUGUCUGGUGAUGAUACAGGAGAGGGUUAUAGGGAACAGCGGAGGGCCAGUGACUUUGGAGGGGUUGUAGACACUGGGAGUGCAGGUAGUGUAAAGAGUAUUGCUGCCAUGCUAGAACUCUCAUCCAUUGGUGGGGGACCAAGGGCUUUGUCUGGCCAGAGACCAAAAGGAUCUGAAGGUUAUUGUUUUCACCUCUUACCCCAUCCAGGAAGCCCUGAACUUCACCGGCUACCAGGUACUGUGGCUGGAGUCAAACACCGUGAAGCUAUUGGGCUAGAUGGAGAAGUGGUGAACCGCAGAAGGACCAUCAGUGGGCCUGUUACUGGGCUUGUAUCUGCAGCUAGAAGGGAGCGGCAAGAGAUUGGAAGGCCUCCAGACUCCCCUCGUAGUCCCUCUGAUGUUAUCCCCUUUGCAGAAGAACGCAAGCAGACCAUCAAACACCGUCCAAGGCCAGCCAGGACAGAACAAGUUGACGCACAGGGGACAGAAUCUGGUAAACAUGCAGACUUGUCAACGGUUGAGUCCAGUGUGACGCUGAAACGUAGGGUGAAGGCCAGACAGGGUCAGCCUGGAGAUGUCAAAUUCUUACUAACAGAGUCAGACACAGUCAAGCGGAGGCCAAAAGCUCGAGACAAGGAUGGUGGGGGCGCUGGCAUAGAGCCAUUAACAGUGUACCAGAAUGGAAUGGGUACAGUGAAACGUCGUCCUGUGUCAGAAAUGAGCGCAGGAGGAGGUUCCAUGCGGCAAGAUAGCACAGAACACAUAGCACAGACCCUUGAACGCAGCAACAAGCCCCCUGUCUCACCAAAACCUACUAACAUUCAGAAGAGUCAUGCACCCUGCACCCCAACAAUUUCCAAGAAGCCUGGACCUGGAGAAGUUAAGAAGUUAAUGGGGACUCCGCCACCUGUCUCCCCCAAACCUACCCCUCCACCAACAGCACCAAAACCCAUCAAACCCCAUGCUGUGAUCCAGUCCUCCAGUGCAAGUUCUACUCCAGCUCCUUCUCCAGUCAAACAGCCAAAUAACAUCAAACCUUCCAGUACUCCCCCCUCUCUGUGCUCCAGCCCUGCCAAGCCCCAGGCUCCAGGUCACCCUCUGCAGGUGCCCAUCAAGCCCCCCAGACUGUCCAUUACCAGCUCUUCCUUAGAGGGGGGGACCAGUGAGGCUGCACAACAGAAGCUAGAAGAGACCAGUGCUUCCCUGGCUGCAGCACUGCAAGCGGUGGAAGAGAAGAUCAAACAGGACGAUGCACAGAAAGAGACAUCGCUAGAAGAGAAGAGCACAGUCAGUAUAUUGGAUGACAUUGGCAGCAUGUUUGACGAGCUUGCAGACCAGUUGGACGCCAUGUUGGAGUGAGGAUACAAUGUGUUUGUUGGGCUGUACCCUCACGGCUAGAUUGCAGUGACUGCUUCCUGCCUCCUCUCCCCCGACCCCGUGCCGGGUGCUGCACAGGCCAUGUUUCUCCUCAUUGAACCCUUUUUAUUUCUCCAGUCAGCCCUUUGUUCCUGGAGAAACAACAAACAAACAUUUUGAAGCCUAGCACAAACAAGCAUAGCCGUAUACCUCAGGAUUGUGCUCAGACUCUUGAGGGCAGCUUGGAACUGUUAAAAUGACGGCAUUCCUGCAGUGCCAUGUGGACAUUGGCACACACUGCUGGCUUUGCCGAGUCCUGCGUUGGCUACAUUUUCCAAAAUAGUUUGCAGUGCGGAGUGAUGUGGAUUGAGCAGGACCACAAUGCAUUGCAAACACGGCGACGUGCAAAGCACUAUGGGAGAAACAGAAGAUGCCACCGCAGGGAAGCAAAAUGGAACCAACAAAGAAAAAAAAAACCUGACAUUAAGCUCCUGAUAUAGUUUGAAUUUGUCCCUUUUUAAGUUUAAUUUUCAGUUCUGUCCCAUUGUGUUGGUGAAAGAAAUGGGUUCAAAUGAAUGUUUUAUUGCAUCUUUGUCUAUUUAAGAAAGUGGACUCGAACCACCUUUUGUUAAAAACAUAAGCUUACCUACCACGUUCCUGCGUUAAAUUAUACGUAAGCAGAGCAUCAGGCACAUUGUCAGAACACUAAGACUAUGGUGCACAUAAUUUAUAGGCUCAAAGGAAUUACAAAAUCCCAAACAGUACAACCAUAUUAACUCCACCAAGGUCUGGGGCCUGGUAUAUCUAAUAAACCUCAUGGCAUACACAGCACUAUUGCAAUUUUAUUCCCACCACCGUGACUAACCAGAAAGCAUUUCUGUGAUCCCAGAUUACAUUUAGAAAAUACUAAUUUUACGGCACUUCGCUAGACAAACAGGAAUAUCUAUGAGCAUUAUUGAUCCAGUAAACCAUGGAGCAAACGCAAAGUAAUUAAGAGCCAUGUUUUUGUUUGCUCGUUUCUAAGGUGAUUGCUCCAAAUAUUGCUCCACUUUUUCCCUGAUAAAUAUGACAUCGACACAGCCGCCACCAGAUGAUCUAUAGUAAUAAUCUCAGUAACACUUCCUACGCAGCAUUCAAUGUGAUGAUCUAUUUAUGGGGUAGAAUCCCAGAUAUUGUAGAACUACGUUCCCAUAAUGCUUUGUCAGCUAGCUUAGGCCAGCUAAGCUUCAUGGGAGGUGUAGUCCUACAAUGACUGAGGAUCUUCCUUUGGCGACCCCUGCAUUUAAUUAUUCCUUUCCAUGAUGUGGUUGUGUUCUGCAUAGUGGACAGGCUGGAAAUUAGACUGGGUAAAAUGUAAUACGUAACACUGCAUUUUCUUGAAAUGUUAUUUGAUGAGUCUAGCUAUUGGGAUAUCAGGGAUCGUUAGAAACUCCUCUGAUUAAGAAUCAUGUCAAUUCAUUUAUCUAGAAUUCCUUGGCCAUAGAUCUAAGUCACGCUGGCCUAAUGCUCUGCAAAUGAACCGUGACUCAUUCCUGCUGCAUUUUGUAUUACCAAAUGUCUCUCCAUCCUGGAGUAUUGAGAAUGAUUUAACAUAGUGAAAGCACAGAAUUUAGGGUUCAGGACUCUGAACGCCAAGAUGACCCGGAGAGAGAUUAGGGAAAAAAAAGGAGGCUGAAUGCUAAUUACCUAAAAACCCAACCAUUGAAAUCGUCCCUGAUUUGAAAGAUGUUCGCAUGGACUUUAAAAACAAAAAAUGGAAAAAAAAAAUGUAUAAAAUAUAGAAAAAAAAACAAAGUGGAUUUCACAGCUUUACAACAUGUAAAUGGGUCUGGAAGAAGCCUAUUCUAGAAUCGUAUUGAUACAGAGAGUCAAAAUAUAGCACAAAUGACAGACUUUUUAAGGCCCUCUUAGCUGAUUUGUAAAUAUAUGUAUAUUUGUUUUCAUUUGAAUUAAUUUAUGUUGUUUGCUUCCAACUGCAAAGGCUGUGCCUUUCUGCCUUUAUCUCUCAACUGUACAAUAUUACUGUCAGCAAAGCAGGAAGGAGACUGGAACAGAUUAAAAUGAUUUACUUUAAUAAUUUCAAACCGAUCACUUAUCAGACCGAUAUGGGAAGCUGAACCUGUUGUCUGGGAGGUCUGCUGAAAUACAGCUAGUACAGUGUUGACUUAGUGGGCAGGUGUAGGUAUUAGGGGACAUAAAUAUCUCCUGGGACUCUGCAUGCCAACACACAUCAUUCUUCGCCACCAAGGAUGUACUAACAUCUACAGCAACUGCUUUAAAAUGGAGGUGGGUACGUUACGUGAAACAGAAAGAUUUAACAUACUCUUAGACCAUGUCAAGUCCACUAUAAAUUUGCCGUAAAAAAAAAUAAAAAAAUAAUAAUAAUAAAAAAAAGUGUUCAGAGAAAUGCGUUGGAAUUAAAAAAGUAAUUUAUUAGUAAAUAAAGAAACAUUUAAAAUUUUACUAAAUUGACAGUACCCAAUUGCUGUUUAAAAGUUCAUUGUCCAGUCGACAAGCAGUGACUGUAGGCGCAGUUUUGGUCUUACUGGCAAGAAUUGUCUAAUUACCAGCGUUUUAAGGCCUAGUCAGUCCAUGCAAAGUGUGGAGAAUAUUAAUCUGUUUACUUUACUCAUAAAGCUAUUUUUUGCCCUUGUUAAUCAACUGCAAAAGCACUUAAUCAAACAUGACAAGUAUUUGUAAACCGUUGUUAAAGAUCUAUCUAUAAAUAGAUAUUACUCAUAUAGGACAGAAAUGUAAAAAAUUUCAUUCUGAGUGUUAAGAAUCUUGUGGAUAAAAUUACGUUGUUUUUUUUUUUUUAAUUUAUUUCUUUGUCUCAAUUCUUUUACAUUAAGAUGUCCCAAAUCAAUAGGGCUGGCCUUAAUUUGAAUAAGGAGCGAAAACCACAAAUAAAAAUGGCCGCUGUGCUUCCUGCUCCUUCGCACCUCUUGUUUUAGCAGUGAAUCUAUACUGUGUAUGUUUUAUGUACUGAGAAUUUCGGGUACUCGGACGUGGGAGGGUGGGGGAGGUUACGUGUAGCUUGCAAAGUUUUGAAGGGUUUAUUUGUCCACAAAACACACGACCUGUGUUUGUCGUUGGAUGUUGAGCAGAUAUGUCUCAUUUUAAUGGUGCUUUGAUUUCGUGUUUCAAUGUGCUGGUGCAGAUGAUAUUAAAUGAACCAUUCCGCUGGGGCAAUCGACAAAUCGCCCUAAAACCCUGCAGCGGUUAACGGUUUUAUAUUGAAGAAAAAAAAAAUUAAAUUAAAUAACAUUUUAAAAAUAAGUGUUACUGUGAUAAAGAAAAUGUAUUUAAAUUGAUGGCAGCCAGAUUAAAAAAAAAAAAAAAAAGGUAAAUAUUAAAUUUAAA